UACUAUCGUGAGUUGUCCAGCCAUCCCUAUAUGCCAGUCAUCUUUUAAAAAAAAAUUCGCAUUUAAAGCCCAAUAACAACAUUUUAAGCUCGGCAAAAACGAAUAAUAUCCAUUAAUUGUCGCCAUGUCCGUGCGUGUGAUCAACGACGAGUCCCACUUCCAGGCGGAACUGGCCCAGGCGGGCGUCCGCCUGGUGGUGGUUGACUUUACGGCCAGUUGGUGCGGUCCCUGCCAGAGGAUCGCCCCGAUCUUCGAGAUGUUCCCCACCAAGUACCCAAAGGCCAUCUUCCUGAAGGUCGAUGUGGACAAGUGCCAGGACACGGCCGCCGGCCAGGGCGUUUCGGCCAUGCCGACGUUCAUCUUCUACAGAAACAGGACCAAAAUCGACCGCAUCCAGGGAGCGGAUGUCAAUGGACUGGAGGCCAAGAUUCAGGAGCACAUCGGCACCGACGGUGGCGAGGAGGCGGGCGAGGACUAUGGCCAGGGAUUGAUGGAGCUGAACACGUUCAUCUCGAAGCAGGAGUGCGAGUGCCUCAACGAGGCCGAUGACCACAAUCUGAAGCACGCCCUGGCCUCCGCCGGCGGCUACCUGCAGUCCGACUGCGACGAGCAGCUCAUCCUGUCCAUCACCUUCAACCAGGCGGUCAAGAUCCACUCGCUCAAGUUCAAGGCACCCGCGCAGCUGGGACCCAAGGAUGUCAAGCUGUUCAUCAACCAGCCGCGCACCAUUGACUUUGACAUGGCCGAGUCCAUGACCAGUGUGCAGGAUCUGAGCCUGGCUGAGAAGGAGCUGGAGAACGGAGUGCCCGUGAAUCUGCGCUAUGUCAAGUUCCAGAACGUGCAGAACAUCCAGAUCUUCGUAAAGAACAAUCAGUCCGGCGGCGAUGUGACGCAGAUCGACUACAUCGGCUUCAUUGGCUCCCCCAUCAUGACCACCAAGAUGAACGACUUUAAGCGAGUGGCCGGCAAGAAGGGCGAGAGUCACUAGAAUUCCAUUGAAAAUUCAAUCCUUUUCCCAAUGACAAACCGGAACUUCUCUUUAACUUUCGACUUACAACUAAGCAAUGUAAACAAAUGCAUAAAGAAUCAACAACAAAAGCUAGCAGGUAACUUGAA